GAGAAACAUGCCAAAAAAUUAUCAUAGCUAUUCAAAUUUCGCCUUCAUUUUACAGCGACAAGUUUUAAAUUACUUUUAAUUAAGAGAAUUAAAUUAAUUUCGAGAGUAAUUCAAUUUUUUAUUUAAUAUGCGUUUUAUUGUCGAGGUUAGUGAUAAGUAACCAACAACAAAUUACGUAUCAAAUAAAUUUCCAACUCAAUUUACCUUGAGUGUUAUCUGUUCACUAAUGUAAAAAAUGUGUCUGAUAUAACUUCGAAUCUUAAAGAUAAACAAAACUUGUUCAAGUGAUGAUAAGAAAGUUUAUAUAAUAUCAGAAGUAAGUGGAAUUAAGUGAUUUAUAGUACUGUCAUCAACUGCUAUAACUAAGUUUAACAUAAUUCGAACAACAUGAGUGUGAAAUUUGCUUCCAAUUUAUCCUUCAUGUUCUUGGAAACACCGUCAAUCAUUGAAAGAUACAGAUUGGCAAAAGAAGCUGGUUUUAAAGCUGUAGAAAGUGGAUUUCCUUUUGGAUUCUCUAUCAAAGAAGUGUCAGAAGCAAAAAAGAAUGCUGGUGUCGAACAAAUUCUUAUAAAUGUCUACACAGGUGAUGUGUCUAAAGGAGAGUUAGGAUUUGCAGCAAUACCUGGAGAAGAAGAGAAUUUUCGAAAGAGUAUUGACUUGACGAUUGAAUAUGCAAAAGCUCUGAAUUGCAAGAAGAUACAUGUAAUGUCAGGCAAAGUGAAUGAAGUAACGUCUGCUAAUGAUGAUGUUUAUGUAAAGAAUCUUUCAUAUGCAGCUGAUAGGUUCAGCAAAGAAGGAAUUGUUGGUGUUAUAGAACCAAUCAACAGUAUCACUGUUCCGAAUUAUUAUAUGAAUAGCUAUCAAAAGGGCUUGGACGUAAUAAAAAAGAUAAAUAGCCCAAAUUUAAAACUUUUACUGGAUGUUUUCCACAUGCAACAUAUUUGUGGCAAUAUUACCAAUAAUAUUAAGAAACUGUUCCCAUAUAUAGGACAUGUACAAAUUGCUCAAGUACCGGAGAGACAUGAACCUGACACUGCAGGCGAAAUAAAUUAUAAGUAUGUCCUUUCUACUUUAGAGAAAGAAGGGUAUCAUGACUACGUGGGCUUGGAGUAUCGCCCGAAAGCAUCUUCAAUAGAAGGAUUGAGCUGGAUAAAAAAUUAUGGUUACAACUUGUAGUAUUUGUAAAGUUUGUAUUCGCAACGGAACAAUUAUUGCAUUUAUCACUGUUUAAGAAAGUUCUAAUCUUUUAUAUAUGCUUUCUUCUAAUAAUCACAAUAAAUGCACUUACAAUGUAUACAUAUAUUUGAAAGUAAGAUGUUGUUACGCAAACGUAUUAUUUUGUCAGUCAUAAAAUGUACAUUAUAUUGAUAUUAAAACAUACCAGUUUCGCAAUAUUAA